UGUCAAAAACAAAUAAAAAUCUCCCAAAUUAGUACAUCCAACCCAGCUAGAGCAAUCAAUGCAUUACAAAACACACACACGCACGCAUGGAUGAACCACACGAAACAGCACAUCGCAUGCAUGCGCCGGCGAUGCAUCGAUCAUCUGCACAUUAUAUGGGGAUCUCGAUCGCAUCGUGCGGCGGCGAUCGAGAGAUCAAUGGAGGUGACGUUGGAGACGGUGGCGGGGCGGCGGUUCACGGUGGAGAUCUGGUUCUUCUCGACGGUGCGGCGGAUCAAGGAGUACGUGCUGCGGCAGGAGGGCAUCCCCGUGGAGUCGCAGCGCCUCUUCUUCGCCGGCGCCGAGCUGGACGACGACGGCGACACGGAGCGCUACUCCAUCCUCCAGGGCUCCACCGUGCUCCUCCUCCUCCCCGAGGACGGCGCCGCUCCGCCGUCAUCCGGUGGCGGAGGCGGCGGCGGCGGAGGGACGAAGGCGAUGGUGCGGGUGGUCGUGAACGCGCCCGCCGCGCUCGCGGGGAAGGGCGGCGCGGUGACCGUGGAGGUCGACGCGGCGGCGUGCACCGUGGCGGGGCUGAAGGAGCGGGUGCAGGAGGGGACCGACGGCGCGCUGCCGGCGGCGAGGGUGGCGCUGAUGUUCGGGAAGGUGGAGAUGGAGGACGGCAGGGCGGUGGCGGAGUACGUGCCGCCGGGCGCGGCGGCGGACGGGACGGCGACGGUGGUGGUGUCCGCGGUCGUGCGUCCUCCGCCGCCGCCGACGCCUACGCCGCAGCCGCCGCAGCAGCCGCGGGUGACGGUGAACGUGAAGUGGGGAGCGAAGGCGGCGGCGGUGGAGGUGAGCGACAUGCUGGCGGUGAAGGACCUGCGCGCGGAGCUCGGCGGCGCGGCGGCGCACCUGCCGCUGCCCAAGGACGGCGGCUACUUCUUCAUCUACAAGCAGAACGUGAUGGAGGAGGACCGCACGCUGCGGUGGCACGACGUCAAGAACGGCGACACCAUCGAGAUCUUCAACGGCAGGGUCACCGGCGGCGCCUGAUCACGAACCCAAUCAAUCCAAUGGAUUUCCAUCCUUGUAAAAUUCCUUUUUCGUGUAAACAAAUUCGGUAAAAUUUCGUUGGGACGCGUUCAAAACUUCAAAUAACAAAAUUAAUGAGAGAAGAGAAGAGUUAAUCCAGUGUAGUAUGUUGAGCGAAUGUCAGGUCGACGGCGAGGUCGUCAUGGUCGCCGUCGAGGAGUAGCGCCGGCGAGCGGCGAUGACGAAAUGGGAGGCGGGGUUUAGGGUUUCCGGCGGGGAGGGAAAGGUCUGGUAUUUUUCUGGAC